AUGUAUCCUCGUUUCGCUCGUCUCGCUAUUGGUGCCUCUGCUUCUCAAGUUGGCAAGAAAUUGGCCUUGGUCUCUGCCGCUGGUGCUUUUGCUUACAGCUAUGCAACCGAAUGCAAGAAUGAUGUAUUGUACUUCACUCCAAGAAAUGUUAAAAUGGCAAUGCUUGCUAAAGAUAACGGAACGAACACAUGCAAUGGAAUGGAUAUGGAUCCAUGUCGAUCCGUGUGGAGUGUAUUUUCAUGCUGA